CAAACUUGCUUCAUGGUGACACAUAAUUUCUAUAACUGACCGCUGGCCGCGAAGUCCAGCUCUUGGGAGGCAAGGCAGGGGCACAGAGGCCCUUUGGGCAAGGACUGCAUUUUAGCUUGAGCUGUACUUCAAGAAUGUUCUCAUUCCUUGGUUGUUAAGGGAGCAGCCAGUAUGAGUCGUGCGGAGCGGAGACAGGCUGCAGAGAAGGCUCAGAGGCUCUAAAACGUAAAUGAGUUAUUUUGUGCCGACCCGAUUUGUAUGGCGAUUCGGAGGACGUCAGGUCCACCUAUGUGGUUCCUUCACCCGCUGGGUCGAGACUGUACCGAUGGCACCCGUGGACGGCUCUCCUGGGUUGUUUGCAGUAGUCGUGCACCUGCCUCCCGGGUAUCAUCAGUAUAAGUUCAUUGUAGACGGCAGGUGGCGGCACGACGAGACCGCCCCGUUUAUGCCAGACCCGCUUGGCAACGUCAACAACUGGCUCUUUGUCCGGAGAAUAGAUCCUUCUCCAACACCCCUAGCAAACAACGUAGCCUUCGACCCGCAGCAGCUCGUAGCCGCGCAACAAGCGGCCGCGCUCCAGGUCGCACAGCAGCAGGCGGCCGCGGCACAGCAGCAGGCGGCGGCACAGCAGCUGCAACAGCUGCACCCCGCGCUUGCCAGCGCCUCCCUCGCGCCCGCACCGGGCGUGUCCGGUGGCCUGCAGGUGGGCGUGCCGGCGCAGACACUCGCCACAGGCAUCGGCGUGGGCGGACUCGGCCAGCACCCGCACGUGCCGCAGCAGCCGCAGCCGCACAGCACGGCGGUGGGCCUGGGACCGUGCCUCACGCCGCAGCAGCUGCAGCACCCGGCGGCGCAGCAGUCGCAGCAGCCGGGCCAAAGCCAGCAGCACCCCGGCGGCGUCCCAGUCGGCUCGGGCCUGUCCCUGCAGCCCCCCGUGGCUGCACAGGUUGCGCCACAGCAGGGCGACGUAGACAUGGGCGGGACGGAGGCGGCCGUGGUGCCGCCCAUAGUGAUACACAACCCCAAGGAGCCGGAAUACACUCGCAAGAAGAUUGCGGACUUCCUGCACAGCCACACCGCUUAUGAGCUCAUCCCGGAGAGCGGCAAGGUGGUGGUGCUGGACGUGGACCUGCCCGUACGCCAGGCUUUCCACGCGCUGCACGAGCAGGGCACUGCCUCGGCCCCACUAUGGGACACUACCACUCGCUCCAUCCCCGGCGUCAUCAGCGCCUCCGAUUUCAUCACCAUACUGCGCCGACUGCGACACAGCGUCAGCGCGGGAGCCAACCCGCUCAGCGAGGCGGAGAUGGACGCGCACACCAUCCGGGGGCUGCGCGAGGAGGCGGCGGCGGAGGGCCGCGAGCCCAAGGGCCUGGUGUACGUGCUGGCAGAUGAGGACCUAGCCAAGGUGGUGGCUCGCCUGGCGCAACACAAGUGCUCCAUGGCGCCAGUGCUCAGCGGCGACCCGGGAGGACCGGAGCAACCUCCCCACGUGCUGCACCUGGCCACCCUGAGCGGCGUGCUGGCCUGCCUCAUGCGCCACUUCCGCGCCUCGCUGGCCUCACUGCCGCUGCUGAGCCAGCCGCUGGGCAGCCUGCCGCUGGGCACCUGGAGCCCAGACGCGGCGGUGGCGCACACCGACUUCCUGCCCGACUCCAAGGAGCGGAGACAGUGGCGCAAGCUGCAGCCGUUGCACACGGUGACCGUGUCCACGCCGCUGACCACCGCUCUGGCCAUGCUGCUUGAGACGGGCGUGAGCGCGCUGCCGGUGGUGGACGAGCGGCGCUGCCUGGUAGACUGCUACGCGCGCAGCCAGAUCACGGACCUGUGCAAGGGCGGCGCAUACAACCGCCUGCAGUGGGAGGACGUCACGGUGGGCCAGGGCCUGGCACUCGCCAACAACAGCCCCCAGCCCUGGUCGCAGUCAGGGGCGGGGUCCGCCUCGCAGUCGGCGCUGGGCAACCCGGCACCGCAGCCGCCGCAGCCCGGCAUGGGCGGCCUGAGUGCGGAGUUCGCGGCUGCUGCUGCCGCCGCGGCCGCCGGGGGGCAGCCGCACCACGGCUCCUCGCCGCACAUGGCGGGGCUAGGCGUGGGCGCGGGCUCCAUCACGGCGCAGUCGGGCGGCCGGGUGUGGGUGGUGACCAAGGACGACACGUUGCGCACGGUGGUGGAGCGGCUGGCGGUGCCGGGCGUGCGGCGGCUCAUCGUGGUGACGCCCGAGAGCCGCCGUGUGGAGGGCAUCAUCUCGCUCAGCGACGUGGCGCAGUACCUGUUCUUGUAAGCAGGCGGUGGGCCGAGGAGGAGGACACGAGGAGGAGCAGGGCAUGCAGCCACGGGCAUGCGGUGUGGCCGCGGCCUGGGUCUGCGCCCGGGUGCGCCCGCAUGCCGCAGCUGGCUGGCAGUGGCAGGGCCGCAGCCGGUGGCCAGCAGGCUGCAGGCACCGCCGGCAGCCCUACCGGAGGGCGGGGUUGCUGGAGCAGGCCGAUUGGGCCGGUGGAGGUGCAGCGGCUGUGGUGCUGCUGCAGUGGCGGGGUAGGGCGGUGCCGCCGCCACCGGCUGCCCGCGGCAGUUGCUGCGCAACGCCCGUCGAGGCGUUUCGCCUGCGCCUGAACCCGACCCUGGCAGGGCGGGACGUGUAGAUGCUGGCGGGCCCCUGAGCCCUGGAGCCGCUGACUAUGCCUCAUUGGCGGCCUCUGCUCCGGCAAGAGCCGGAUGUCGCCGGAUCAGCGGCGGCAUGUGUGCCCAAAGCAUGAGUGGGGUUUGGGUGUGGGGAGGGUGCUAUGAUGGCUAGAGCUAGGGAUGCAUACGGAUAAUGCCCAAUGAGGCAGGAGGGACGAGGAGCUACGCGAGAACGCGUAUCUGGUGGACUGCACCCCUCCACGUGUGCAGCAGUGGUGUGAUGCCACAACCACCGGUAGCCUUCCAAGCCCGCGUGUUGCGAGGCGUUGUCCACAUGCCUGCCUUUGUGUGUGUUACUUUAGUGUGCACUAGGAUGCCGGCGGCCGUGAGGAGGUGUGUUCCAUGUUUGAGGGUGAUCGCGCAACCGUUCGUAUUGGCGGUAGCCGCCUCGACACUUCCUUCCGGACCUGUGAACACGUCACGUGGACAAGGCUGUGGCACCCGGCAUCCGGGUGUGACGACGACCUGUGUGGAGUUGUUGAUUACCGUGUUCUGACGGAUGACGUCUGAUAGCGCCGCACACAUGGCGCGAGCUUGUGCGAUGCCGGCUGCGUGGCACGAGGCAGGGCGCAGCCUCGCCUGGCCGGUUGCACCCUACGCGUACGGUAUGGACGCAGCGGGUUGCGCUUGCGUGGAUAUGCGCGCGGGUGGCAGGCGUGCGACCAAGCAUCGCCCAUAACGACUUAGUCACCUAUAAGAGUAGCAAGCAGGAGUGGCAUGGGGAUGCGGACGUGACGUGUAUAUGCGUGUGAGCGCAAAGCAGAUUGGCUGAACCUGCCCAACGGAUCCUGGGAACACGCCAGCAGAGCUAGGCGACGUGUGUUUGUCGCGCACCGGGCGAAACUAGGGGGGCCGGGCAAACGGUUGCUCGCAUGUCGGACUGGCAACCCGCAGACUAGCAGCUAAGCCGCUCCUCAUCACUGGUAGCAUGAUGGUCAUGCGCACAUAUGCCAUCCACCUGUAACAAAAUGGCGACUGCUAACAAUGAGUUGCGUUCUUCGUAUGUGUAUGAGAUGUAGAGCUACCCCACCAAGACUCGGCGCGUGGUAAAGUGCUGUGCGGCUUUACUGGUGUACUCGUGUCAUCGUGUGUUGACCAGACGGCCGCCACCUAGCGGUCCUGACCUGGUGGAGCGUGGGGGGCAGCACUGUGCGUUUGUGCCUGCCGGCUCACUGGCGAUGACCGUAAUCAACCGUCGCGGCUGGGAGCAACUACGCUACAUC